AUGGAUCUCAUGUUAGAGGGAAUCGACGGUGCACAAGGAGUAAUGGAUGAUAUUCUUAUUGCUGCUGAGACUCCUGAAGAGCAUGACCACAUCCUGAAGAGAGUGGCAACAAGAGCAAAAGAGUUGAACCUAAAACUCAACUUCAACAAGUGCCAAAUCAUACAACCUUGUGUGAAGUAUGUUGGUCACAUGAUAAUUCAAGAAGGCUUAAAAUCAGACCCUGACAAGGUGAAGGCAGUGAGAGAUAUGCCAGUACCAAAGUCAAAAGAAGAGAAGGAGCUUACAAUACAGUGUGAUGCCAGUAGCUAUGGAGUAGGUGGAGUUAUCCUACAGGAAGGUCAGCCCAUUGCUUACUCGUCCAGAGCUCUCAACAAAACAGAGCAAAAUUAUGCACAGAUCGAAAAAGAAAUGCUUGCUGUUGUACAUUGCUGCAGAAAGUUUCACCAUUAUAUAUUUGGAUGCCAUGUUACAGUGGAGAGCGACCACAAACCAUUGCAGGCAAUUUACAAGAAACCUCUGUUGUCAGCUCCUAUGCGUCUACAGGGAAUGAUGUUCAAGCUACAGCCCUACGAUAUUAUGCUUAAGUAUAAGCCAGGGAAAGAGCUAGUAAUAGGAGACAUGCUCAGUAGAGCAAAUUUGCCUAACACAGUCCAAGAUAUGGGGCCAGUCUACAUUAAUAUGGUGGAUUAUUUGUCAAUUGCUCCAGCAAGGUACCAGCAAUUCCAGGAAGCAAUAGCCACAGAGCUUAGUGAGUUGCAUACUAUGAUUCUGAAAGGAUGGCCAGACACAAAGGAGGAAGUGCCCCACUCUAUUAGGCAGUAUUGGAACACAAGAGAGGAACUCUCUGUGUAUGAUGGCAUUGUCUAUAAAGGAAAGAGAAUAGUAGUACCACCCAGCAUGCAUUCUAACAUGCUUUCUCAAGUACACAAGUUGCACCUGGGCAUCACCAAGUGCAAACAGAGAGCAAGAGAAGCCCACUACUGGCCAGGCAUGAAUCAACAGAUUGAGAACCUAGUAAAUGACUGUGCCAUUUGCAAUUCAUACCAGAACAGUCUACCGAAAGAAACACUCAGACCUAUGAAAACCCCUGAUAUGCCAUGGUCUGAAAUUGGAUCGGAUAUUAUGGACUGGAAAGGAGAACACUACUUAGUGACUGUUGAUUCCUUCUCCAAGUACACAGAGGUGGAUAAAUUGUUAGACCUCAGUAGUGCUGCAACCACUGAUGUUUUGAAAGCACAGAUUAGUCGUCAUGGCAUCCCAUUGAAGAUGCGUACAGAUAACGGUCUUCAAUACAGCUCACAAGAAUUUUCUGAGUUUUGUAUGGACUUUGACAUGAACAUGUAA